UAGUACAAAAAUAAUAAAAUGUGCGGUCUAAAAAGUUUGGUCGGUCUCACGGAAAGGAAAGGGGGGUGUAUACAAGUGUUUAAGAAAAACAAAAAUAUCUAAUUAAAAAUCAAAUCAACUUAGAAAACAAAAAAAUUGGAUGUAAAAUCAUGAAGGCAUUACUAAGGGAAAGUUUCUACUUAUCCUUGCUCCUGUAUUUGUAUUCAAUCCACCAAAGCUUUGAAGCUACAGAUAGCAUAACUACAACUCAUUUUCUGAAAGAUGGUGAUGACAAUAUUAUUUCACCUGGUGGAAUAUUUGAAAUGGGGUUCUUCAGUCCAGGUAAUUCGGAAAAUCGCUAUGUGGGUAUGUGGUACAAGAACGUAUCUGUUAGGACUGUGGUGUGGAUUGCCAAUAGAGAAGCUCCUUUGAGGAGUGGAUCAGGUAUCUUGAAAAUAAUGAAGUCAGGACUUCUUUUCCUUGUAAAUGGUACUAACAAUGUUGUGUGGUCAACUAAUACCUCUAGAUCAGUAGAGAAUCCCAUCGCGCAGUUGCUAGAUUCUGGAAAUCUUGUUGUCAAAGAAGCUGAUGAUGAUAACCUUGGGAAUUUAAUAUGGCAGAGCUUUGAUCACCCAACGGAUACACUAUUAGCAGGCAUGAAGCUUGGUAGGAAUUUUGUAACUGGAAGAGAGGUGUACUUGUCAUCAUGGAAGAAUGAGGAGGAUCCAGCUCCUGGUGAUUAUACAUACCACUGUGAUCCUACUGGUUACCCACAGACUACAGUGAAGAAGGGCUCAGAUGUUGUAUAUAGCUCUGGACCGUGGAAUGGUCGCUAUUUCAGUGGGACACAAAACUCAAGACAGGGUACUUUCUAUACAUAUGGAGUGUAUUCAAGUAAGACAGAGGUGUACUUUGCAUAUAAGCUCACAUCUUCAGUUCUCGUGAGGUUGACAGUAAGUCACAAUGGAAUCCUACAGAUUUGGACUUUGGGUGACAGAAAACAGGGUUGGGUGCCUUUGAUCUUAAUACCAGCAGAUAAAUGUGAGAUUUAUAACUUGUGUGGCGCAUAUGGUAGCUGCAACAGUCAAGAUUCUCCAGUAUGUAGAUGCUUAGAAAAAUUUGUGCCCAAUAAUAGUCACGUUUGGAAGAGGACAGAUUGGUCAGGUGGCUGUGUUAGGAGAACUGAACUAAAUUGCCUUCAAAGAGACGUAUUUUUGAAGUAUUCACAUACAAAAUUGCCAGACACACGGAAUUCCUGGUCCAAUGUGACUAUGACACUAGAAGAAUGCAAGGAUAUCUGCUCAAAAAAUUGCUCUUGUAUGGCUUACUCAAAUCCUGACAUACGCAAUGGAGGAAGUGGAUGCUUAUUGUGGUUCGAGAAUCUGCUUGACAUUCGGAAGGGAACCAACGGAGGGCAAGAUAUCUACAUAAGAAUGGCUGCUUCUGAAUCAGAUAGUCUGGAGGAAUCGGAUGGAAAGAAAGAAAAAGUACUUUUCUGGAUUUUGCCACUAUCAGUUGGUCUGAUUUUGGUAUUCCUUAGUCUGCUGAUCUACCAUAAAAGAAGGAAGAAGGCUUUAGAGCUCAAAAAGAAAGGAAGGUCAGGAUGUGGUGGCAAUUGCGCUGAAGAAUUUGAAAUACCACUGUUUGACUUAUCUACCAUAGCAAAGGCUACCAAUAACUUUUCAAUUGACAGACAGAUUGGGGAGGGGGGCUUUGGACCUGUUUACAAGGGCAUACUUGAAGGACAGGAGAUAGCUGUCAAGCGGCUAUCCAGAACUUCCACACAAGGAGAAAAUGAGUUCAAAAAUGAAGUUAUAUGCAUUGCCAAACUUCAGCACAGGAAUCUGGUGAAGAUUCUUGGUUGUUGCAUUGAAGGGGGAGAAAAAAUGUUGAUCUAUGAGUACUUGCCAAAUGGGAGUCUUGAUUCAUUUAUAUUUGAUGACGCACAAAACAAGGUAUUAGACUGGCCUAAGCGAUUUCACAUCAUCAAUGGUAUAGCUCGGGGACUUAUGUAUCUGCAUCAAGAUUCUCAAUUGAGAAUAAUCCACAGAGACCUGAAGGCUAACAACAUCUUGUUAGACAAGGACAUGAAUCCAAAGAUAUCAGACUUCGGCAUAGCAAAAAUAUGUGAAGAGAAUGACAUUGGAGCCAAGACAAACCGAGUUGUUGGAACAUAUGGGUACCUCUCACCGGAAUAUGCAUUGCACGGGAGAUACUCAGUAAAAUCAGAUGUAUUUAGCUUUGGUAUCUUAAUAUUGGAAAUUGUGAGUGGGAAAAGCAACAGAAGAUUCUCGCAUCUAGACCACAACCUUAAUCUACUUGGACAUGCAUGGAAACUCUAUAAAGAAGGUAGGUCAGCUGAACUACUUGAUGAAUACCUAUGUGAUUCUUGUUCAACACCUGAAGUGGAACGAUCAAUCUGUGUUGGUCUAUUAUGUGUCCAACAAUGUCCAGAAGACCGUCCAACUAUGUCUUCUGUGGUUAUGAUGUUAAAAAAUGAAGGUGUAUUGCCACAGGCUAAACGGCCAGGUUUUUACAUUGACAGAGAUGCACCUAACGGUGAACUCUCGUCUACCCAUACUGAGACUCCCAUCACAAUAUUGGUUGCCCGAUAAGAAAAUAUUGGUUCACUUGCUUUAAACAAGCUUGCAGUUGUAAAAAUCUUUUCUUUUAUUCUUUGUAGAAAUAUGGAAAAAAAUAUUUUGUGUAUCAGCUAUGUCGAACAUAUGUUAAUUUGAAAGCUGGUUGAUUGGCUUUUACUUCUCAAUUUCAUUUAA